AAAGAACAUAAAAUGAAUCCAUUUUGGAAUGUGAAUGAAUCCUCUGGACCGAACUCAUCAGAUUCAUCACUCUGUUUCAUCCAUACCGAAAAUGGAGAAGCUCAAAAGAUCCUUUAAAGCUCUCUCUCCAGACCAUCCUCCCAGGCAAGGUCACCCUGAAGAAGAACGCAGUGUUCUCUUGAACCAAGUCCAAUCCCUAGAAACCCCCACCGCUGGCAUGGAGUCGCCUCUGUCAUCUUCGUCGCCGGCGAAGUCCCCAGCUGCCCCUGAUUCUUCUGAGUUCGUUGUUAAAAUCAGCGGCCCUACUAAAGAAACUGAGCUCUCGCCGCAGUCUUCUUCUUCUUCAUUCCAGACCCAGCCGGCAACAAGCAACGUUAGUAGAAGUAUCACUGGGUUGAACCCCUGGGAUGAGAACAAGGUUUGGAGAGAUUCCAGCUACGAUUUCUCAAAUGAUGCGGCGAUUAAAGCUAAUAGUAAAGCAAAGAGCAACGCAGAGUUCGACUUCAUGUCUGAGUCUCCGCUGUCUAGGGUGGCGGCGAGCCCGACUGUAGGUCAGAUUUCGCCCCGAGAAGUCAGAGUCUCUUUCAAUGAGAACUUGAAUGGACCGAUUCGACGCCGGUCCAAUGCCAGUGGCGAGCAACGUGCGGGUGCAGGGGAGGACGCUGUGCUGUGGAGUUCAACCUCUUCCUUUCGGAGAAAGUCUGGUCUUCUGUCGACGAGGAUGAAGUCCAGGCUGUUAGACCCUCCCCCCGAGCAGCCGAAUGAUCAGAGAUUUUCUCAACGGAUGACAAUGAAGUCUGGGGCAAUGUGUAAGGGGAGUGAAGUUGACGAAGACGACCCUUUCCUGGACGAGGAUUUUCCUGAGGAUUACAAGAGGAUUAAAUUCAGUCCACUAACAAUUCUUCAGCUGGUGAGUUUGAUUUUGAUUAUUGCUGCUUUGAUUUGUGGUCUUGCGAUCCCUGUACUGCGAAAUAAGAAUGUCUGUGACCUAGAAUUGUGGAAAUGGGAGGUGAUGGUUUUGGUGCUGAUUUCUGGAAGAUUGGUUUCUGGUUGGGUGAUAAGGUUGGUAGUUUUCUUCAUAGAGCGCAAUUUUCUAUUGCGAAAGCGGGUUUUAUAUUUUGUCUAUGGAUUAAGAAAUGCAGUGCAGAAUUGUAUAUGGUUGAGUUUAGUAUUAAUAGCUUGGCAGUGCAUUUUUGAUAAGAGGGUAGAGAGGGCCACAAAUGGGAAUGUGGUCUUACCAUACGUGACCCGGAUUUGGGUCUGUCUAUUGGUGGGAACCAUUAUAUGGCUUCUGAAGACGCUACUGGUUAAGGUCCUGGCAAUGUCCUUCCACGUCACCGCAUUCUUUGACCGGAUUCAGGAGUCUUUGUUCAACCAGUAUGUGAUCGAGACUCUAUCCGGCCCACCGUUGGUCGAGAUUUUACAAGAGCAAGAAGAGGAGGAUAAGAUGUUGGCUGAGGUGCAAAAGCUUCAAAGCGCGGGGGCCACCUUGCCUCCUGAUCUCAAGGCAACUGUGUUUAAGAGUGGAGGAAGACCUAUUGGGACUCCCCGAAAGAGCCCAAUGUCUGCUGCUACCAGGAGCCCUACUCCUAUGUUUUCAAGAAUCAUGUCUAGGAAGGAAAAGGACGAGGACGGUGGUGGAAUUACUAUUCAUCACUUGCAUAGACUCAAUCAGAAGAAUAUUUCUGCUUGGAAUAUGAAGAGGUUGAUGAAUAUUGUGCGGAAAGGUGUGUUAUCUACUUUAGAUGAGCAGCUUGAGGAGUCCACUGGCGAAGAUGAAUCUGCAGUGCAGAUCACUAGUGAAAAACAGGCUAAAGUUGCAGCCAAGAAGAUUUUUAACAAUGUUGCUAAGUCAGGCUCCAAGUUUAUUUACAUAGAAAAUCUUCUACGCUUUAUGAGGGAAGAUGAAGCAUCAAAAGUCAUGCGCUUUUUUGAAGGAGGAAAUGAGAGCAAAGGAAUUAGUAAACGGGCUCUCAAAAAUUGGGUGGUUAAUGUGUUUAGGGAACGGAGAGCUCUUGCUUUGUCUUUAAAUGACACAAAAACUGCUGUAAACAAAUUGCAUCAGAUGCUGAACGUCCUUGUAGCAGUACUGAUAGUGGUCAUCUGGCUUCUUAUACUACGAGUUGCAACUACGCAUUUUUUUGUAUUUAUAAGCUCUCAGCUUCUAUUAGUUGUAUUCAUGUUUGGGAACACGGCAAAGACCACAUUUGAGGCAAUCAUUUUCUUAUUUGUAAUGCAUCCAUAUGAUGUCGGUGAUCGUGUUGAAAUUGAUGGAGUGCAGAUGGUAGUUGAAGAGAUGAAUAUAUUGACAACAGUUUUCCUGAGAUAUGACAAUCAAAAACUCACAUAUCCAAAUAGCGUUUUGACUACAAAGUUUAUAGGUAAUUUUUACCGUAGUCCAGAUAUGGGAGAGGCAAUCGAUUUCGCCAUACAUAUCUCAACUCCCAUGGAAAAGAUUGCGUCUAUGAAAGAAAGAAUAAUAAGCUAUAUAGAGAACAAGAGUGACCAUUGGUAUCCAGGUCCAGCAGUAGUAAUGAGAGAUAUAGAAGACAUGAACAGGUUAAAAUGGUCAGUUUGGCUUUCACAUAGAAUAAAUUUCCAGGACAUGGGAGAGAGGUGGGCGAGGAGAGCUCAACUGGUGGAAGAGAUGGUUAAAGCAUUUAAGGAUCUCGAUAUCGAAUACCGCAUGCUUCCCGUUGAUGUCAAUGUGAGAAACAUGCCUUCAUUGACUUCCGGUAGACUCCCAUCGAACUGGACUGCUUGUUCAGCGUGAUGAUUCAUCUCUCAAAUCCAUCCCGCCUUCGAACCGGGUUCCACUCAGUCAAAUUGUAAUUGCAGUAGCUUGUCGUUUGUGUACAUAUUGUUAGAGUGGUUGUGACAUUUUAAGCUGCUGUAGUUUGCAAUCCAUGUGUGUCACUCUUACUAACGCAACUCUGAUCACUAGUGCAGCAAUAGUAGUAAAAGAAUAUAUAGGACUCAGUAUAGGAAGCAGACUUGUCUUUCAUACGGAGUAUUAAAUUUUUAAUUAAUGGGUGAUUUUAUCUGCUCUCUUUAUUUGCUUUCUUCUAACAAAACGUUUUAUAGGCUUGAG